UGCCAGAUUCAAAAUGGCUUUAAACUAAAAACCUUUAGGGGAAAUGAUCUCACUAGACAAAGGGAACAUUGUAAACCUCUGCAGUCAGAUCACAAAGCUGUCUCACCCAGUGAAUUUUGCUUGAGGGUGCAAGAUAUAAGGAAUUUGAUUCAUAUGGAUCUUCCAACUUUAUUUAACUCACCUUCUCUCACAUAAGACAUUCAGUCUACAAAGAGCUUGAUCACCAAAAUCCUGUCGAGACACCGACAGAUGGCACAGGAUCCAUCUAUUCAUUGCAUUCAGUGUUUUAUUGCAUCAGCACUCUUUUUGACUGGCAAUGGCACAUGCACAACCCCACUUAUUUUUACGUUUGAAUACCCUGACUAUGGAUAAGUAGCUCAUGCAACCACACUUCACUAAAUCAAAACUGUUCCUUUCAAUAUGAUCCACAAGGUUGCAGGGUGACAGCUGUGUUCUGCUGGAUAGUGACUAUAUAUUCUGCACAGUGUUGCCUGUUGUGUGUCUUCAAAUUGAUGUGUGCUGUAAAACCAAUCGAUCUAUUGUCCCCGUCUUGUUUCCCCCACAUCUCAGGUCUCAGGUUUUAUGUGUUUGUUCAGAUCAUAAUAUGUGAGGCUUUCUCACUUUCUAUGAUUAAUGCUGUGAUGUCAGUAUGAUGGCAGGAAGUAGGGAGGGGACAUCCUCCUACUUCUGCUUUUCACUCAACAAAAUCACCCCCAGGAAUGUACAAAGCAAUAAUUCAGCUUGUUUUAGUCGGUUGAUUUUAACAAUGGAAAGUUUGAUUCUGAUUAUUCUGCUAGUUAUGCCAGGUGUCUGGAGUGAAGCCUGGAAAGUGACUUUUGAAGAUCAGUGUGCUUUGAAAGGGACAUCGGUAGUCAUCAAGUGCAAGUAUGAAUAUCCUUCAGGUCAGCGAGUCACUGAAGGCGGCUGGUAUAGAGCCAAGUAUGUAUAUGGCAGGCGGAGGCUGUCUCGCCUUUCAACACCCUCCACACCUCCAGAUCACUUUAAGUUUGUGGGCAACGCCUUUGGUGACUGUAGCCUUAAGGUCAAUGGUGUACAACACAGGGAUGAAGGAGCAUACGCUUUCGGUUUUGUGACAACACAUGACAGAUGGACAAGUAAAUCAUCAGCCUAUUUGUCCGUCACAGAAUUGACCGCUGUGGUACAGCCGAGGACUGUGACAGAGGGAGAUAACGUCAGUCUGACCUGUAUGUCAGGAUGUCCUACACAUGUAAACACUGUCUGGUUCAGAGAUGGACAACGGGUGCAAAAUCCAGUCUUCCAGGCCGGGAGCGAGGAUGCUGGGAGGUACCACUGUGCCGUCCUGGGACAAGAGAUGGUCAGAUCUGCUUCCAGAGCUCUGAAUGUUCUUUAUGCUCCGAGUAAUGUCACACUGUCAGUGAGUCCAUCAGUCGCCAAAGGAAGUUUAGUGACUCUCACCUGCAGCAGUGAUGCCAAUCCUCCUGUGACACACAGUGGAUACAGCCUGUAUAAAGGUGGACUCUUCAUCAGUUCAGGACAGAAUCAUACCAUCUCUGACAUCCAGCUCAGCCACAAUGGACUGUACUACUGUCAGGCAACCAAUAAUAUCAGCAGGAGGGGCAUCAACCUGAUUAAUUCCACUGAGCUUCACCUGGAUGUCCAGUAUCGUCCAGAGAAUAUUUCCAUUUUAAUGGACCCGCCACAUGUUGUUGAGGGCAGCAGUGUGAUUCUGACCUGCAGCAGUGUUGCUAACCCCGCAGCUGACAACUACACCUGGUACAGAAGCACUGUUUCCAGCUCCAUGCUCCAGGUGGGAUCAGGACAGGUGCUGUCUCUCUCCUCUGUGGACGCGUCCCACACUGGACUCUACCUCUGCAUGGCCAGGAACCAACUGGGGGAAAACAACUCAACUGAGAUGCUGCUGGCAGUGAAGGAAAAGUACAGAGGUGGACAGACAUUAAUAACUGGAAUUGGAGUUUCUAUUUUUGCGACACUUGUGUUCGCUCUUCUUUUGUUCUGGCUAAAACAGAGGACCCGUGCAGAGAAAAAACAGACUGUGUACGAGGACCCGAGGUCUUCAGCCUCUGAAGAUCCAUCUAACAGCAUUUAUGCUAACAUCUACACGUUGCCAACUUGUCCUCCACCUGCUGCUCAGGACAUCAUUCCUCGAUCACAGAGGCACCAUGAACAUGAUGCCCCUGAGUCUAAUGAAGAUGAGGUUACCUACUCAACAGUGACCAUAAAACCCAGAAACCCCAGUCUUCCACAUCGCAUGGACCACAGCAGAGCGCCACAUGACUCCUGGUCCACAGCUGGAGAGGAUGACAACUCUGUGAUCUACGCUUCACUGGCAAAGUCCAGCUGAAUUUGAUUGAAACCUUUCACUCCUUUGGAUGUUUCAUUAUCAUCAAGAAAUUCAUCUAACUCUUAAGUGGGGCUGGGAAUUGUUUAAAUAUUUUAAGGUUACAGAUACCUUGACUUCUGGAUUUUAUAAAAGAAAUUAUGAAAAAAAGAAAUUUCCUCACACCAAUCUUUAUUUUUAAGCUCAUUUACACUUAUGUGACAAGCAUCUCAAAAUACAAUAACACACACAUGUGGGCAGUGGCGGUUCUAGACCAAUUUUACUGUGGGGGCCAAGGAGGGGCCAGUGUUUAAUCAGAGGGGCACAUUAGCACAUGAAAAAAUGGCAAAGAUGAUAUUUAAGCAUUCAAAAUCUUUGAAUGUCUUGAAAGAGACACAACAUGACCAAAAAAGACACAAAAUGAGAAGACAGAAUAACCAAAAAAACACACACACAGAAGACAUAAAAAUGACAAAAAAAGACACAAAAUGACCAAAAAAAGACACAAAAUAACUAAAAAAGACACAACAACAGACACAAAAUUACA